UUAACCGACGACCGGGAAGCAUCUCAGCCUCCGCCGAGAAUCACAUCGGAAGGAAGGAAGGAAGGAUGGUCGCGUUGCAAGCGUCACCCAACCUGUCUCCAUCGGCCGAGUGGAUCUGCUGUCUGGACAAGAGGCCCUCGGAGCGCUCAGGAGAGGAUGUGGAUAUUAUUUUGACCAGACUGAAAGAAGUUAAAGCCUUUACCAAGUUUCCACCUCCACUCUUGGUGCAGAUCUGCACCUGUGCCUUCUAUGAAUGUCUGGAGAAGGGCAUCACAUUGUUUCGACAAGGAGACAUCGGCACCAGCUGGUAUGCCGUUCUGUCUGGCUCUCUGGAUGUCAAAGUGUCGGAAACGGCCAACCACCAGGAUGCAGUCACCAUCUGUACACUGGGGAUCGGGACGGCCUUUGGAGAGUCCAUCCUGGACAACACGCCGCGUCACGCGACCAUCAUCAGCAGAGAGACCAGCGAGCUACUUCGAAUUGAACAGAGGGAAUUUAAGACCCUCUGGGAGAAGCAUCGUCAGAGCCUGGCUGGACUGUUGGCCCCUCCUUAUGGUGCAAUGGAGAGUGGAGCCAACAAUGACAGACUUGCAGACAAAGACCACAUGAACUCAGACUCUGCAAACAAAACUCACAAUAAGAUUCCCACUGAGAAGCUACAGAGAGCGGGUAAGGUUCUCCGCAACGCCAUCCUGUCCAGAGCCCCUCACAUGAUACGUGACAGGAAAUAUCACCUCAAGACGUACAGACAAUGCUGUGUGGGCACAGAGCUGGUGGACUGGCUUGUGCUGCAGAGUGCAUGUGUUCUCACUCGUUCCCAUGCUGUUGGCAUGUGGCAGGCACUGCUUGAAGAUCAGGUGCUGAGUCACGUGGACCAGGAGCUGGGUUUCCAGGACAAGUACCUGUUCUACCGCUUUCUCGAUGACGAAGAAGAGGACACGCCGUUGCCAAGUGAGGAGGAGAAGCGGGAGAGUGAAGAGGAACUGCCAGAGACCAUUCUCUUCCUCGCUCAGAUUGGACCAGAUGCACUGCUGCGCAUGAUCCUCAGGAAGUCGCCUGGUCAGAGGACAGGCGAUGACCUCGAGAUCAUCUAUGAUGAGCUGCUUCACAUCAAGGCCUUAGAUCACCUCUCCAACACUGUGAAGAGAGAACUGGCGAGUGUUGUCAUCUUCGAGUCACACGCUAAAGCCGGGACUGUGUUGUUCAACCAAGGAGAAGAAGGCACAUCGUGGUACAUCAUCCAGAAGGGCUCCGUCAAUGUGGUUAUCUAUGGCAAGGGGGUGGUGUGUACACUCCAUGAGGGUGACGACUUUGGAAAGUUGGCCCUGGUUACAGAUUCACCUCGUGCUGCCUCCAUUGUCCUGAGAGAGGACAACUGCCACUUCCUUCGUGUAGACAAGGAGGAUUUCAACAGGAUUCUCAGGGAUGUGGAGGCCAAUACAGUCCGUUUGAAAGAGCACGAACAAGCUGUGCUGGUCUUAGAGAAGAGUCCUCGAGCCUCCACCCUUGGAAGCAUCAAGUACACUGUGAUCUCAGGCACUCCAGAGAAGAUUCUUGAGCACUUUUUGGAGACCAUGAGAAUGGACAUACAUCACAGUGAACCAGACCCAGCAGUGGACGAUUUUGUCCUCAUGCACUGUGUCUUCAUGCCCAACAGCCAGCUGUGCUCGCUACUCAUGGCACACUACCAUGCUGCCUCACCGCCCGGCUCAGAACAGGAGAGGUUGGAGCAUGCGCUCAACUGUAAGAGGAGGGCUCUCAUUCUGGCUCUGCGCUGGGCGAACACACACACAUUCCUCCUACUGGAGGAGCCUGCUUCAAUUUUGUUCCUCGAGGAGUUGUUUGGAAGUGUAUCAAAUGAUUCACGGAUGCUCAGAGCAUUGAAAGACCUGCUUCCUGACCUGGACAAAGUUGUCAAACUACACUCAGAGGAAGCCAAGUCCACAAAAAAGAAGACUUUAAUACGGCAGUUCAGCAAUGGGGAAGAGAGGCUGCAGAAGAAACAGCCCAUUAGAAAUCAAGAUGACAUCCUUUUGAAGGUGUACUGCAGUGAUCACACAUACACCACGAUUCGAGUUGCCGUGGCAGCGACGGGCAGAGAACUGAUAUGCGCCGUGGCUGACAAACUUGGUUCCACUGACGAGCUCGUGCUGGUUCACCUCAGCUCUGCCGGCGAGAAACAAAUCCUGAAACCUAAUGAUGUGUCCGUGUUUUCCACUCUGAGCAUCAACGGGCGAUUAUUUGCUUGUGCACGAGAGCAACUCAGUAGUCUGACUCCUCUCACAGACCAAGAGGGACCUUCUGCAGGUUCUAUGUCCACUUUUGAGCUGAUGAGUUCGAAGGAUCUCGCCUAUCAAAUGACAAUGUUUGAUUGGGAGCUCUUCAGCUGUGUGCACGAGCACGAACUGCUCUAUCACACGUUCGGCCGCCAGAGCUUCAGAAGAACCACAGCCAACCUGGACCUCUUCCUGCGAAGGUUCAACCAGGUUCAGCUGUGGGUGGUCACUGAGGUGUGCCUCUGUGCACAGCUCAGCAAGAGGGUUCAGCUCCUCAAGAAGUUCAUCAAGAUAGCUGCACAUUGUCGGGAGUUUAAGAACCUGAAUGCAUUCUUUGCCAUCAUAAUGGGUAUGACCAACCCUGCUGUAAACCGACUGAGUCAGACAUGGGAGAAGUUGCCUACCAAGUUUAAGAAGUUCUACGCUGAGUUUGAGAGCAUGAUGGACCCGUCCAGAAACCAUCGAUCCUACCGACUAACUGUUACGAAGAUCGAGCCGCCAAUAAUCCCAUUUAUGCCCCUCCUACUAAAAGAUAUGACUUUUACACAUGAAGGCAACAAGACAUUCAUUGACAGCUUGGUCAAUUUUGAGAAAAUGCGUAUUAUAGCGAACACAAUUCGACAAGUGAGGCACUGUAGAAGCCAGCCUUUCAAUCCUGACAUCUGCCAACCCAACAAGAAUCAAGCGGAGGUCAGAGGUUACGUCAGGAAGCUCUGCGUGAUCGACAACCAGAGGGCGCUGACGCAGCUCUCCUACAGGCUGGAGCCUCGGCGGACAUGAGAUUCAAAUCUUUUCACCGCGUCGCCUUCCUUGUGACUACAUACAAAGCUGAGCGUUAAGUAGCAAAACACAACAGUCAAUGACUUUGAAAACUCUAAGGACAAAUACUGUGCCAUUAAAGACCUCUUCCUAUCGCUGUGUCUUAGCCCCAAGAAUGAGGCUGAAUACUGUACUAGUUGUUACUCUUUUGGGACCUGUUAGAUAGAACUGUCAUGUAAAGAACCGAUCAAUAUCCUGCAUGACUGAACUUCAUAGGCUUGGUGUUCUAUACAGUGGAUUUCGAUCAGAGUGUCCUGCAAUGUUGUGUUACCCAACAAGCUCUUUUAGUCUCCAAAUGCUCCAAACUGUUGUAUAAUCUAUACUUCAUAAUCCCCAUGCUAAGUAUAGCGAACCCCCAUUUAUCCUGCUACAGAGGUACCAUAUAGUUUUACCCAUUCCAUACACUUGAAACACAUUUUAAUUGAUUAAAACACACUUCGACUUAUUAAAAUAUACUUUUUAAAGUAUUCCUUAAUGCCUGAGCUGACUCUCUCUCACGGAUUUUGUCACUCUUCGUUGAAGUUUACUGUGACAUUUACACAAAAAAGAAAAGAAAAUCUGACUAAUCUAAGUCUGCUAUGUUAAUGCUAACACAUAAUGCGAAACCCAAUAGACGGACUAUGGAAAUGAGCAUAGAUUUACAGUAAAUAUAAACCCUCAAGCCCUGCGAUUGGCCGGCGACCGGUUCAGGGUGUACCCCGGCUCUUGCCCAAAAGUUAGCUGCGAUAGGCUCCAGCACGCCCGCGACCCUAGUGAAGAUAAGCAGUACUGAAAAUGGAUGGAUGGAUAAAUCCUCACACAACUUUUUUUUGCUAUAUUAACACAUGGAGCAACAACAAAUACAAACGGAGAAUACAAUACUCACAGGCAUUUUCUCUCUACACUGUGAGAACAACAACUAUUGCUGGCGCUUGAUUGGGGACCUUCUCUGCCUCUUCUUCUGGCUCUUAAUUAUGCUGCAUCUCUUCCAGUAGAGCUCAGUGCUGCCCACCAAGUUCCAGCACGACGUGGUACUUGUCUGAAGGUGAGCAACUGUAAAUUCACUUACUUUUACAGUCGUACCUCGACUUCCGAGUGACUGAACUUGAAUGUUUUUCGAGAUAAGAACUGUCGCUAGGCUUAUUUUUUUAUUUUUGUCCCUCUCAUUACAAGCAAUAGAUGGUGGCAGUGAACUUCACAACAAGCAACAAUUUUUUAAACAAUAGGCCAAUUUAUUGCUUCAAGCUGUUAAAUGGGCAGUUGAAGUUUAACAUAAAACAAAGACAGUUACAAAUUGUGCACUUAUUCAAACUACAAACUUCAGAAAGUCAACUACCUUAAUGCUAACACACAAUGCAAAACCCCAUGGACAGGCGAACGAAACUAACAUCGAUGUUGUGGUAGUUGUAACCCUUUAACCAACAGAUAUUUGAACACAAAUGUUGCAUCAACGCAUAUAGACAGACAACACAACAAUACUCACAUAUAAUAAAAAAUGACUAUAAUGUUACGGCAUUACUGAAACUCUCUUUCGUGUAUGUCUGUAUUACACUGCUCCCUGGUGGCCAAGGAGCACAAUGUGGGGCUGGACAAAAUUAAUGGCAUAUCUAUUCAUUUCAAAAGGGGAAAGUAUUUGAGAUACAAGCGUGGUCACAGUACGAAUUAAACUCGUAUCUCGAGGCACUACCUUAUACUGUAAAAACCCAGAAAAAAAUGCUCACUUAAAAAUCCAUUGAAGUACGAAGAACGAACGAUGAUAUAGUGUGGGAAGACUGUAUUCCAGCUAAAGAUGCCAUUUAUAAAACACAAUUACCGGUAGCCUAUUUACAUGUUAAUCCAAGGCUAAUCAUGGCGAAGGAUCUCUAGGAUUUUUGUCUCUUUUAGAUGAGUAUCAAUGUCUGGUGAACACAACUCACAACAACCUAACCAAGUAUUAGUUAGAGCCCUAAUGGUGUGCAAAGAGUGACUGAAUCUGUCACGGUCGUACGACUAUUUCAUUUUUGCCUUGGAGUAAAACUCUUGAAACCCCUUGGUAAUGUUGCUUGUUAGUAUCUGUUCUGAGGUCAGUUGUCUAUUUGGCUGUGUAAAGUUAAAAAGAAUCUUAUCAUUGCAGGAUAAAUCUCGCCAACUAUUGUGGGUCUGUUCUGUCCAGCUGUGUUUUUUCUUAUGUGUGUGUAAAUUUGACAAAUGUUGUUCAUUUUCAUUUGAUCUCAGGAGCUUUAAAAUGUGGUGGUGUGUAUCAAGAACUGCACCGUGGCUUGCUUCCGUCAUGAGCAGCUGAU